AUGGCCAGCGUGCAGCAGGGCGAGAAGCAGCUCUUCGAGAAGUUCUGGCGAGGGACCUUCAAAGCCGUGGCCACACCGCGACCGGAGAGCAUCAUCGUGGCCAGCAUCACCGCCCGCAAACCGCUGCCCAGUGGGACGCUCAGCUGCCUGCCGUACUCUGCCGAGGAUCGACGUCCUGAGAAGCUGAGCAGCUGUGUGUCCAAGGAGACCUCCACCACUAACGGCUGGGCAAGAGGGAAGGAGAGACGCGGCCAUGCUCACCACAGGUCACGCAGCCCCUCGUGUGAUGGGGAACGUGCACCGCUGCCAGCCCGGGGCAAGAAGAAGAAGAAGAAGUCCAGCCGCAAGAAGCGACGGAGGUCUCCUUCCUACAGCCCCUCUCCUGUGAAGAAGAAGAAAAAGAAGAGCUCCAAGAAGCGAAAAAGACACAGGUUAUCCUCAAAGAAGAGAAGGCACAGCUCUCGUGGGCGCACCCGGAAAGCUCACCGCCACCGCCGCUGCCACUCUCGCUCAGAGAGCUCUGACUCCUAUUCCCCGAGCUGCCGGAGCAGGCACAGAGCCAGGUCUCGGGAGGAAGGGCGUAAAGCACGGCGGAGACGCUCCCAGCACCGUGCAAAAGUCCCAGCAAAGAGAAGCUCCUCUGCAGAGGUUCAGGCCAGCCAAACCCUCCCACUGCACAGCUUCCUGUCUCCCAAGGAAGUCAUCUCUCAGUCAGGGUCUUCUGCUGACCUCUUUACCAAAACAGACAGCCCGCCUGGCCACCUCACCAGCCAGAACGGAGAGUGUCAUGAAUAUGACUCAGGAAACGACACUUCUUCCCCUCCCUCCACUCAAACGAGCUCAUCCAGGUCAAAGGACAGCCAGGACAAACGAAGCGUAGCCCACGAUGGCUUUGGCCAUGCCUUCUCAUCCAGGAAGCCCAAAGUGGCCAACGGUGAUAACAGCUCUGAUUCAGGAAAUUCCUUCACCAGUUGCUUUUCCCAGACCAAGGCAACGGCUUCGGAAAAUCUGUCUCCAGAUCCCCAGGGACAAGACGAAAGAGGAUGCCUGUCCUCGUGUCUCAGCUGUUCAGAGGAGAAGAAGCGCAGUGUCCCCCCGUCGCCAGCCCGCAGCUCCCCGCUCAGGCCGUGCCCCCGCAGCGAGUCGUGCAGCAGCACAGGACGCUCCUCCCCUGCCUCCAGCUGCUCCUCACCCCGCAGGGCCUCCCCCAGGUACUCCCGCAGCAGGUCCUGCUCUUCAGGGAAGAGCCCCAGGUCUUCUUCACGAUCUCCCAGCUAUUCCUCUAAAUCCUGCAAAAAAAGCCCUGGAAGCAGGAGCUCAAAGACUCGCCGAAGCCCGAGUUACUCCCACUACAGCCCUACGAGGGACCGUGAGCACAAGCACAGCUCCAGUGAGAAGGAGUCACACCGGCAGCGGGACCGGCAGCGCCGGCGCUCCUAUUCCCCCCUGAGGAAACGCAGGAGGGACUCCCCCAGCCACCUGGAGGCCCGGCGCAUCACCAGCGCCCGCAAACGUCCCAUCCCCUACUACCGGCCCAGCCCGUCCUCCUCCAGCAGCGCCAGCAGCUAUUCCUCCUGGUACAGCAGUCUCAGCCGCUCCCCCAGCCGGAGCAGGAGCUACUCCAGCCACCGGUCGAGCCGCAGCCGCAGCUGGAGCAGCAGCAGUGCAGAGAGCAGGAGCCGCAGCAGGAGCUCAGGCCCCAGGAGCAGCCGCAGCCGGAGCAGGAGCUGUGACUCAGGAGGCAGCUCCGACAGCCUGCGUCGCUAAGGAGUGCCGCCGGCAUCACUGAAUUCCUUGCGUUCUCCACAUCCUUCCCACCUACUUGGCCAUCGAUCGCAAUCACCCCCGAUACUGAUGUGACAGCAGCACUGCGUCCCCUUUUCUCAUUAUGGAUGGAGUAAGAGCCCUCGUGCUCCUGGAACAGCCCCUCUGCUGCCUCGCAGUGAGGGUGGAUCCAUGCAGCUCCCCCAGCCAGAGCUGGGGCUGGAAGAGGGGCCAGUGCCCUACAGAGGCUCUGCAGGCCCUACAGGGUCCAUCCUCCUGACAUCCCCAUCUCCCCAUCGCUGCCUCUCUGCGACAGCUGCCAGCUGCUCCAAAGGAAGAAGAUUUUGCCCUUCUCUUGCCAAAAGCGGGAGCCAGCGAAUUAAAUCCCUCUGGAGGAAGAGACACAUUUAGGGAGGAAUUUGCUGGGAAGCUUUGGUGAUGAGUGGACGUGACCUGUCCCCCUCAAGGCAAAUAUCAGGUCCCUGAUAUUGGAUCUCUCCUCCCGAGAUUCUGCCCACUCUGCAGCAGGUCUCUGCCAUGAGCAUAUUUAUUUAUUUCCAUACACCCAACUCUGCUAUAAAUAGAAGGCUAGAAAUCCCUCCUGACAUUAAUUUCUGCGGGGGAAAAAAGCUAUGCCCCCUCUCUUUCUCCUGCCCUUUUCUAACAGGGUGUUACACAUCCACCUUUCACAGGGCUGCUCUGUUCCCCUCCAUCAGUGUGAUCGCUGAGAGGAGACACAGCAGAGGGAAGUCAGUGCUGCAGAGUGAGCUGGGGCUGCACGGCUCGCAUCUCAGAGACCCCCAACACCCCUCCCCCAAAAUCGCCUGUUUUUUUCCCAGGAUCUGGGAGAGCCCUGCCUGCCUGGGCGGCCCUGCGGUUUUGUCUCCCUGCCAGGCUUGCCAGCCCAGCUGCCUGUGCAAUUACUGUGUUUUGCAGAGCAACAAAGGCUUCUCCUAGCACGGGCUGAGCCGGUGCUGAGGAUUUUCUUUCUCUUACAACACCUGGGUGCUUAGAGACGCUAAUUUAGGUCUAAGACUUCCCUCCCUCCCUUUUUCCAUCCCCUCCCCUUCCAUCCUGUGUGAUCAUUAACGAGUUUGGGCUUAAUGAGUCAAGGAGGUGUGUCAUUAAAGUGUCACAGGAAAGGGCUAAGGGCAGCCAGCAUCUGCCAGAGGGGGAGAGGGGUGGAAGGAAAGGCAAACCCACAGCCAGAGAGUUACCCACGGCUCCCACUGGCAGCAAGUAAAGCUGUGAGCGAGGUAAGGUCAAACACAACCUGGAUGAUUGCCUUAUCGAGCAUAUGAACGUGUUAUCAGUUGGAAAACACAGCAGGAAGGUUUAUACUUCUGUGCAGCUGAUGCAAGGGGAAAUUUGAUAACAGGGGCCCUUUUUCCCGUCUCCUUCUCACUGCAAACCCCUCAGGCUGUGGUUGAGAAUUACAGACGAGGUGUUCUUGCAGCGGGUGCUGCUGCCUUCCCCCCAUCCCGGCCCCACAGCAGCCCCUGGCUUCUCUGGUGGGGAGCACCCUUCUUGUAAAGGGCUGAGAACCCCAUGCUUCUUUCUUAGGGAGUCCCUCCCAGUUUGGCAUUGUCACCCUGUAGCACUCCAUGAAAGGUCUGAUAUCAGCAACCAGAGGCCAAAUCCCAAAUCUGUGGGUCUCUUCAUUCCCCUCCGUGCCCCCAAAUGCCGGCAUGCACCUGCAGCAGCGAGCCGGAUGGGCAACAGCUGGGAAAGCAAAGAGCUUUGUGCAAGCAGUGCAAACAGUCCAACUACAUUGAGCCGAGUUCCUGGUGGGAUGGAGAACAAACACAGUGCUGGAGGCAGCAGCACACGCUGGCUACGGGACAAAGAGGUGCCACGUGGCUCUGGUACCCAUCCACCUGCACAGCCGGUGGCAGCUGAAGGCUCUCCAGCAUCGGAGCAAAACCUCUUUAUUUAUUUAUUAAUUAUUUAUUGACGCACUUAUUUAUUAUCAGUCGCGUUCUGUUUCUAAUGGCUGUGGUCGGGACAGACGCGAGCGGUCGCCAUCGGCAGUAUUUAUUUAUUUAUUCUGGAGGGCAAAGGAAGGAGCAAGGAGUUAUCGGGGCUCUCUGUGCUUGUUUGGGUCCUCCCCAUCGCAUGGAGGUUCCCAGUGCUGGCCCUGCACUGGCAGGAGGAAGGACUUCCCCGCGUUGUUUUGCAUUGUGAUCCACCCAUGGAAAAUCUGAGGUUGGGCCGUGAGAGCACGGGAGGUGCCUGCAAAUCCAGCCCGGUGACAGCACUAACUGCGUCUGUGUGUGCGUGUGUGUGUGCAUAUGUUUCCUCAGUGGUAUUUCUCUCUUUAUUUUUUAACUUAUUUAAGGUUUUUGGUACAACGCGCAUCAUCGCCCGUCCUGUCAGUGGGUUUUCUGUCACUUUGCAAGAAGCCUGUGAGCUUUUCUGUCUCUGUGCCUUUUGCCAGUGCUUCUUUUGUUGUAUGCUCACUCACUCGUUGCUUUUAUGGGAUUUUUACUCCUUGACCAGCGUCUCAGGUUGCUGUUGUUUGCAUGGAGCAGCUUCUGCCCUGGGGCAGUUCAGCCCUUUGGGUGAACACAAAUUGCUGCUCAUUGGCACUGGGGCUGCACACCAAGAGCUUUGAGGCAGUGUGUUGGCCGCCUCUCAGAAGUGCCAUCUCAGAGGGUUUUCUUUCUUCGUCCUUCCUGCCCGUUGCGUUGUUUCCAUCCCAAGUGCCCUGGUUGCCUUUCCACAGCAGAGCACAUGAUGCAGUGUCCCCCCCCUGGGAUGCUUCCCGCUCACUCAACCCCCAGGCUCCUUCCUUUCCCACCCCACACACCAGGUCAGGCUGCAGCAAACCCAGCCCAGCCCCUGAAGUGUUGCUGCAAAGCGUAGAGGAAGGAUAUUUCAGUGCACUGUUGUGUCAUUCCAUUUGGCCACGGGUUGCGUCGCUCAGCUGUGCUCUGCUUUAUGUUGACCGUAACUUUUCUCAAUGUUUCUGUUGUUUUGGGCGACUGAAGUUGUACCAAACCCAUCUGCAAUGGCCAAUCGAUGUUAUUUUGCUAUGCAUUGUACAUAGAUCGAAAAGGCUGAGAGGACUUGGCCUCUUAUUUAAUAUUUAUUUCUCCUAUUUAUUGAGCAUUACUUAGGAAAGCUGUUCGAGUCUCACCGUUGGCUCCAUGGGAUAUUUGAGAAAGGGACAAUUUUAGGUGCCAGACUGAAGUCCUUAAUGUCCAGCAGGGUUGUGUUAUCUGUGUGAUAGAGGAUGAACAAAUCCUGUGACUUUUGCAGCUACCUGGAAGUCUGUGUGUGACCAGGAUGAUCUCUGAAGCACUGCAACAUCCACUGCUGUAGCAACAGCUCCGCGAUAAAGCAGCCUAAAUUUUGGACUGUUGUAGAGAACAGCACCUUGAGCCCCAUCCAGGGAAUGGAGAGAUUUAGAACAAAAGCCCAGACAGGAGAAAAGCUGCCAGGGAAACCGUGUCCCUGUUUUCUCUGCUGGUCAAUUCCUUACCAAAUCAUACCGGCACAUCUGUUCAUUCGACUUCACUGUAAAACUACCUUUGCUCUCCAUGGAAAUGCAUACUGUAUUCUUUAGUCUUCCUGGGGUAUUCGAGUCGUUAGCCUGUUUAGAAAAGGGUUCCAAUAAAAGUUCAGAUGAUAUCUGGUUCACAUCGCA